AUGGACCGGUACGGACCCAGAGUCAGCAAAGCUCUGCUCGCACCGAACCCACCCUACAUCCCGGGAUAUGCAGGAUAUUGCCCGCAGCUCAAGUUUAACAUCGGAAAGUCCUACGGAAGGCUGACGGCUGAGCUGCUGACCCGACCUGAGCUCGUCCCCUCCAAAGACUCCGACACCGGUCCGACACCGAGAGGCCUCGCUGACAGUAACCUGAAGAGGAUGAUACCAGGAUACACAGGUUUUAUCCCGAGGAGUCAGAACUACUUUGCCUGCAGCUACUCUGAAGGAUGCCAUAAAGCGCUCACCGAGUUCAGUCAGGAAAGACAAGAAAAGCUCCAGCAGCAGUCGGAGAACCUGCCAGCUGCUAGACUCAAGCCACCUUUGACACUGAUAUCCAACAAAGCGAUCUCCUACGAGCCCGGACAGAUCUUCACGCCUGCUGGACGACCGUAUUCAAUGGAUGAUGACAACCCACACAAGUACUUCGUCUCAGGAUUUACAGGACACGUGCCAAAAUCUCGCUUCCUGAUUGGCAAAGGUUACCCCGUCAUCACCAAGCAGGCGCUGGUCCAGUCUGGAAGGCAGCACAGUUACCUUACAUCCAAAGACCUUCAAGGCAAAAUGAACAGUUCGACACCUCCUCUGCCCUCAAUCUAUCCAUCCGACAGAGGUGUGGUGCCGUCAUUCGCGGGACACAUCCCAGGAUACAAGUUCAUGUACGGGCAGACCUUCGGUCAGCUUUCCAGGAAUGCCCUGGAAAAGAGCGGCAUCAAAAGGAUCCUUCUGGAAAAGCCAUAA